AUGUCCAAAUUCGUCAUUCCUACAGCAUUAAAGGAGUUAAGAUUCCAUUUAUCACAAACCGGAGAAGCUUCAAUACCUGUAAGGAACUUCUUGACCAAGAAUUACGCCACCUUAAAGACUCAACUGGAUUACAAAUUACCAAUUUUAAUCAGAGAAAGUUACGGUAUUCCACCAACUUUAACUGCUAGAUUCGAAAAGGGUCGUGAAGUUAAGAACAGCUUAGAAGGAUUAGAUGAAGCUGGUGUUGCCAAGGCAUUGGCUGAUAUUUUAAAACAAUAG